AUGUUUGCAGGCAAUGACAUUGGAGCAGAUGAAAUCAUCGCAGGGAAUGUAAGCAAGUUUGCUGCUGUCCCCGGAGGCUAUUAUGGGCCUCCCAAGAAGGGCCACCUGAUCUUUGAUGCCUGCUUUGAGAGCGGUAAUCUUGGCCGGGUGGAUCACGUCUCCGAGUUUGAAUAUGACCUGUUCAUAAGGCCCGAUACCUGCAAUCCACGCUUUAGGGUCUGGUUCAAUUUCACUGUUGAAAAUGUGAAAGAAUCACAGAGGGUGAUUUUCAACAUCGUUAACUUCAGCAAGACCAAAAGUCUCUACAGAGAUGGGAUGACCCCGAUGGUGAAGUCUACCAGCCGCCCCAAAUGGCAACGACUGCCUCCGAAAAAUGUGUACUAUUACCGCUGCCCAGACCAUCGCAAGAGCUACGUGAUGUCCUUUGCUUUCUGCUUUGACCGGGAAGAUGACAUUUAUCAGUUUGCAUACUGCUACCCAUACACGUACACACGUUUCCAGCACUAUCUUGACAGCCUGCAGAAAAGGAACAUGGAUUACUUUUUCCGGGAGCAGCUGGGACUGAGUGUGCAACAGCGGCAGCUUGACCUCCUGACCAUAACCAACCCUGGGAACCUCCAUGAUGGAGCCGAGCAGAAGGUGGUUUUCAUUACUGGCCGAAUCCACCCUGGGGAGACCCCCUCUUCCUUUGUGUGCCAGGGGAUCAUUGACUUCCUCGUGAGUCACCACCCAAUUGCCCAAGUCCUGCGGGACCACCUGGUCUUUAAGAUUGCACCGAUGUUGAACCCUGAUGGAGUCUACCUGGGAAAUUACAGGUGCUCCCUGAUGGGGUUUGAUCUGAAUCGCCACUGGCUGGACCCCUCCCCGUGGGCCCACCCGACUCUGUACGGGGUGAAGCAGCUCAUUAUCCAGAUGCACAAUGACCCGAAAACCAGCCUGGAGUUCUACAUUGACAUCCACGCACACUCUACCAUGAUGAACGGCUUCAUGUAUGGCAACAUCUUUGAAGACGAGGAGAAGUUCCAGAGACAGGCCGUCUUCCCCAAGCUCCUGUGCCAGAAUGCUGAAGACUUCUCCUUUUCCAGCACGUCCUUCAACCGGGAUGCAGUGAAGGCAGGAACCGGCCGGCGCUUCCUGGGAGGCCUGUUGGACCACACCUCCUACUGCUACACCCUCGAGGUGUCCUUCUUCAGCUACAUCAUUGGGGGUACCACGGCAACUGUGCCCUACACCGAGGAGGCCUACAUGAAGCUGGGGCGGAACGUGGCUCGGACCUUCAUGGACUACUAUCGCCUGAACCCCAUCGUGGAGAAAGUGUCCUUUCCCAUGCCCAGGCUCAGGAAGGAAAGAUCACCUCCCUUCAAGUACUCACAUGUUCGAGCCCAAACAGGUUCCCACUCGGCCUUCAGAGGAGACAAGAAGAGCUCUUUCAAUCACAAAGACCACUCCCAGUCUUCAUAA